AUGGCAGCAGCCGCCGGGCGGGGGGAAACGGCCGCGGAGACGUACUCGUACGACCGUAACGCCGGCGACGGCCAUGGGCCACUACGCGGAGCGGCGCUUCCCGCGUCCAGUUGUCCUGUAUCGACGGUGGCGUUGGCGCGCAUUCGCCGGGAGCUCGAGGAGAUCCGGUACAGUCCGCUGACCAACUGCUCAGCGGGACCCAUCAGCUCGUGCGACCUGUUCAAGUGGACCGCCACCAUCGUGGGACCUGAGGAGACGCCGUACGAAGGGGGCGUCUUCCUGCUCGACGUCACUUUUCCCGAAGACUACCCGUUCAACCCGCCCAUGGUCAAGUUCACCACCAAGAUCUACCACAUCAACAUCGUGGCCGACCAAGUCAUCUGCCUGGACAUCCUCAAGACGCACUGGACCCCGGCCUUGACCGUUUCGGACGUACUGCUCUCACUAUGGUGCCUGCUGAAAGAGCCAUACGCGGAUGAUCCAGCCGACCAAAAGGUCGCCGCCGUAUACAAGGAGAACCGCACUCUCUACGAGAGCACGGCACGCAAGUGGACUGCCGAGCAUGCGAAGCUUUAGAGGCGCGUCAGCUUCCGGAG